CGCAGUCUGAUCAGGAUCCAUGCUGUUCGCUUACAAACCCUAUUACAAGUAGAGAAACUGAUAGCGAACAGCAUGGAUCCUGAUCAGACUGCGCGGAUGCGCAGGCUGGUCUGGAUCCAUGCUGGUCGCAAACCCACUAUGUUGGUUUUGUCGUGACACGGCUCAUUUAUUUCGUACAUUCGAAAGCAAACUAUAACGAUAUAUUCUAGAAAUGUCACCGACACGUCUAAAGGUCUCUUAAUAAAGCCAAAUUGCUGUUAAUUGUUUUAUUUCAAAUGGAACCGACAUUCUACAAUAAUUGACCGUGAGUGGUUGUAUAAUUACAUUCAGUACUUGUUUCUUUUAUACUUUGUGAUGUAUGGAGCGUGCAAAAUAUGGAAAUAAAAUCGGAGGAGUACUUUAUCCACUUUCAUACUUAGAGAAUUUACACACAUAUAUCAAGGAUAUAUACUUUUAGGAAUUGUCAAUAGUGGAAAGAGUGUGAUAAAAAUGGAGAAAGAAAAUGGAUUAACGCUAUAUAGUGGGGCAGAGAAAAGAAUAACUCUUCCCCCUCCAAGAGGCACAAUGAAGUUGUUCAACAAGAGGAUAUUGAAAAGCUUCGUAUGGGUGUUUGCAGUAGGAAUAUGUCUCGUGGUCAUGGUUUCUCUACACGAAAUAGCAAUCCAACAGAAAGAACGAAUACGAACUCUUGUCCCGUCGAGUAGCUGGAUUGGAAAUACUAUACAAAAGGCUUAUCAUGACAAUAUCACACGUGUUUCUGAGAACCAUGACGUCACCUCUGACAUCACACACCAGUCGAAGCCAUCACCAGUCACUCAUAUUGGAUUUUUAAAAGUUCACAAAGCAGCGAGCACCACAACGCAAGCAAUAUUUUUGCGUUUUGGUUGGCGUCGAAAUUUAACAUUUGUGCUUUCCCCGGAAUAUAACAAAUUUGGAUAUCCAAAUAUCAUAAGUACAAACGAGUCAAUUACAAAAUAUAACACUCUUCCUCCUCCACCGGGAAAAACUUUUGAUAUCUUAUGUAACCAUGUUGUCUAUGGAGAUAAAGAAUGGUCCACAGUUUUGCCCUCAGACACGGUUAUGAUUGGAACAAUCCGUGAACCAUUCGGACAUUUUAAAUCUGUUUUAAACUAUUUCAAUCCAAGAAGUAUAUUAUUCAUCCAAACAAGCAUAGAUCCUACAGAUCCUGUCGGAACUUUCUUGAAAAAUCCAAGACAAUAUGAGGGAGCCAAAGUAGUUCGACAUUCGUUCACAAACAAUCGCCUCGCCUUUGAAUAUGGCAUUGCCCCGGAAAUAAUUAUAAACAGAGACUUUGCUGCGUUUGAGGAAUAUCUUACGGAAGUUUUAGACAAAAAGUUUAAAGUGGUCCUUCUUGCCGAACAGUAUGACGAGUCGUUGGUUUUAAUGAAACGUAAAUUGAACUGGUCACUUAAAGAUAUAAUGUACGCUAUUAAAAAUGUGAGAAGUGUACAUAAGGAGGAUAGGUAUGUUUUAAGGGAAGAGCAUAGAGCUCUACAUAGAAACUACUCUAUAUUUGAUUAUCUUCUGUUUGAAUUCUUUGAAGAUCGCUUGAACAAGCAAAUAGAAGCGGAAGGGGGAGAUUUUCAAGAAGAAGUAGAUAACUUUAAACAAAUUCGAAAGUUUGUAGAAAAUUUCUGUCAUAUAGUACCUAAAUACAUACAAUCAGUAAGAAUUGACGAAAGUAGAUGGACUGAAAGUUUUGACAUCACGCGAAGUGAUUGUGAAUUAAUGCACCAGGGUGAAAUCUCGUUUGUACAAAUGAUCAGGAAAAGACAGUACGGCUCGGCCUCUUGGAAAGGUGUCAAACAAGUUUUGAAACAAAUUCCAAAGAACAUUACCCGUACAUAUUGACCAGUGAUCCUUGAAAUCCCUAAUACUAAUGAUGAAAUCCAGAUGUUUACCGGUAAGGGGGUAAUUUCGUCUGAUGUUAAGAUUUUAUAGAUUUUUUUGUUGUUUUUUUCGGCAAAUGAGAAAGUGAAAAGUGUUAAAGGUACACAGGCUGUUUUAAGUUUCAUACCUUAUUUCGUUAGAUAUAAUUAAUAGCUUAUAAAAAAAACAGUAUGGCUUAAUUUAGGUCAUGCUGUUUCGAGGAAGUUAAAGAAUGGAUUUUUUCCCCAAAAUCAGAUUCAGGGGAUAGUGACGUCAUUCAAUUAAGUGCAAUACAUGUAUGAAUACAGGUUGUAAUUAUGUUUUAUCUUUUUUUUAUUUUAUUUCUGUGACAUGAAUUCAUUUUUAAAAUAUAUACCUGUAUUUAUUUUGUUUCUUAUAUUUACUACUUAUGACUCUUUGGAAAGUAGGUGGGCGGGUUACUCAUAUUCAAUGUCAAAUUGUCACAGUAGGCUCGUUCACAAAAUCAUUUCAUUCGUUUUCAUCUGAACUUAAAAUUAUCAAAAUUGGCAUCCAUGGAAUAUCAAUCGAGGUGACACAUUUACAUUAUAAAAGAAAUUAAAUUUAGUGAUUUAGUUGAAGAAUUGUGUUCGCGUAUGACCAGAUGACCAUACCGGGUCACGCAUAUGAAGCAUAUGUUGUGUUUUGUGAUUUUGAUUCAUUGACCACUUACGAAAUACUAUUGACCUAUAUGACGUCAUAGUGUGUUGCUUUUUCGGUCUUUAGUGACGUAUCCCACCAUAGUGAUGAUGCCGAAAGUAUAUAAUUUUGUUAUUCGACAAUCACCUGCAACUGCUUAGCAGUACUAGUCUUAAUAUUUUAUGAAA